GCAAGGUGCUCCAACUUGGCCCGAAUCUCGCUGUAAGGAAGCACUAUGAGACAGACACCUUGGCCUCAAAAGAACGUUGUGGCUCAGAUGCCAUGAAUGAAGAGACAACUAUAGGGUGAACUGUCUAACUGGUAGCUUUCCAGCUUAAUAUAUAUUUUAAUGGCGCUCGGGGCCUCAUACAUUGUUUUCACUCACCCCUCUUCUUACAAAGUCGCGAUCCAACCGAACCCCAGCUGGCCUGGUACACCUGGCCUGGGCUAGCCCGAGUGGACGACACGCUUCCGGUCGAUGCAUAUACGCCUGAACUCGAUUCAAUAUGCAACCGAAUCGAGAAGGCCUUAGGUUGGCAACGGUGUUGCUGACCGCUGCCAAUAUCGUCAUUCCCAUCGCGAUCCUAACUUUUGCAAAGGGUUUCUUUCCAUACAAACCAUCGCUGCCGGGAUUGUCCAAGUAUGAGGAUGUCGAACUGGGACUAGGUCCUCCCCCGGAUGCACCGUUUGACAGGUUAAUUUUCAUGGUGGUGGACGCAUUAAGAAGCGACUUUGUGUUUUCUGAAGAAUCUGGGUUUGAAUUUACACAAUCACUUAUACGCAAUGGCAAUGCCAUCCCAUUCACGGCCCAUGCAACCUCUCCUACGGUGACCAUGCCUAGGAUCAAGGCAAUUACCACCGGGUCUAUCCCAUCCUUCCUUGAUGUUAUUCUCAACAUCAACGAGGGUGACGAAAGCUCAUCACUGGCGUCUCAAGACACCUGGCUUGCGCAGAUGAAGGCAAAGGCCACGGGCAAGCUUGUCAUGCAUGGAGAUGAUACAUGGCUAAAGCUGUUCCCCGACACCUUUGACCGUGCAGAUGGUACUUCCAGCUUUUUUGUGGCUGACUUUACCGAAGUGGAUAACAAUGUGACGCGUCACAUCACUCCAGAACUGAACAACGAAGACUGGAACACACUGGUCCUGCAUUAUCUUGGUCUGGAUCAUAUCGGACACAAAGGCGGUCCGAGGAGUCCUUAUAUGCUUCCAAAGCAGCGCGAGAUGGAUCACGUCGUUAAAGAGAUCUAUUCAGCUAUAGAAUCUCAGCCAGCUCUUCAAUCCACGGUGCUAGUUGUCUGCGGAGACCAUGGCAUGAACGACGCCGGUAACCAUGGAGCCUCUUCCCCUGGAGAGACCUCCCCGGCACUUGUCUUCAUGUCCCCGAAAUUUAAAGCGUUGCAGAACAGCUACACCGCCCCAAUGCCUUACGAGGAGGACUUUAGCUACUACAACGUCGUUGAGCAGUCUGAUUUGGCUCCGACAUUGGGAGCUCUCCUUGGCUUUCCUGUACCCAGGAAUAACUUGGGUGCAUUGAUUCCCGACUUCCUACCAUUUUGGCCUUCCCGUAGAGACAAGACCCAACUGCUACUGCGCAAUGCGCGCCAGAUUUUAGGCAUCGUUGAGGCUACUUAUGGAGACAAACUGUUUACUAGCAGUCUUCCAGACGAAAUAUGUGUUCAUGGAAAGUCAGCAAUGGGGGUUUUAGCCUGCGAAUGGAAGAAAAUCCUCGAAACUGCAGGUGACGAAGUGACCUCUGAUCGCGAGUUCGAUGCUGAAUGGGUACCUCGCACUGUCGCUUGGCUUCGCGAAGCGCAGGGCAUCAUGAGCAGCAUGGCCAGUAACUACGACAUGCAGAAGCUCAAGCUCGGCCAGAGCAUGUCUGUGGGAGCAAUUGGUCUCACUCUUGGAGUGCCAUAUCUUCUCGGAGAUGAACCACGGUCCUACAUUCCGUUGUCUUUGAUCAGAGGGCUCUACAGCAUUAUGAUGUUUGCAAGCAGCUAUGUGGAAGAAGAACACCAUUUCUGGUACUGGUUCACCACUGCCUGGCUUGCAUACAUCGGAUUCAGGCGGCUUUAUUUUGGCAGUGCAAGGCUUUCAGCCGGCGAGAUCGUGUCCAUCAUAGUAGGUCUGCUGGCAAUGAGACUACUGAGAAGCUGGAACCAGACAGGCCAAAAGUUCGCAGGCGAUCCGGACAUUGUCAAGAUCUUCCUGAAGCCAAGCCCGACACUCCUUUGGACCUUGAUCCUCGUCACUUAUUUCUGGAUUUACCGCGAGCUGCUCAGGGGCUUCAGUGGUCUGCCAACACCCAUCAACAUCACGGGAACCACCACAAUUGUCCUAGCUGCCUUGUCCUUCAAGUUGGCAUUUACAUAUGAAGAAUCCCCCGAGAUCGUACCUGGUUUUGCCCAGACACUACUCAAGUUCACUGCAGGCGCAUCACUAUUGAACCGCGCCCGUGCUGUAUUUUUUGGCCUGGCCGUUGGCGCUACCUGGGUGAUUUUCUCCAUGGUCACCAAGCUUGGUCGGUCAAACAAAGCCACAGGCUCCGCAACGCUACACCACCUCUUUACCCUCUUUGCCAUGACGCAGUCCCGCGCCACCAACGUGCCCCUAUUUCUCAUUCUCGACGUCAUCUUUAAAUUCAUCAGCUCCCAGCCUCUGACACCAGAGGAGCUGUCCACCACGACACUCCUGCUCCAGUUUGCCACAUUCUUCGCCUUUGGAGGCACAAACUCCAUCUCGUCCGUCGACCUAUCGAGCGCGUACAAUGGCAUCUCGGACUUCAACGUCGUCGCCGUCGGCAUCCUGACCUUUGUCGGCAACUGGGCCGGUGCCGUGUAUUGGACCUUUGCGACCAACACGCUCCUGCUGCGCAAGACAAAGGCCGGCGCCGACCUCGUCUUCUCCCGCCACGUCACCGUGCUUACCAUGUUCACCGCCGCCAGCGUCGGCGCCAUCAUGGUCGCCUGCACCGUGAUGCGCACGCACCUGUUCAUCUGGACCGUGUUCUCUCCCAAGUACCUAUACUGCAUGGCGUGGACUUUUGGGCAGCACUUGGUUGUUAACGUUGGUCUCGGUGGGCUGUUGUACUGGCUGUGCUUGCUUUGAGUCUAGUGAUCUGGGUGUGGCAGUUUUCUUCUCUUGGUUUUAUGUUGACCGGACUUUUUUAUGUACAUUAGAAUUCAUAUCUAGAUUUCAUGUUUGAUAGGUAGUUUACAGAUCUUCAACGAACUCAAAAGAUAAACCGAGAAAAGGAAAAGGUGGGCCAAAAAGUGCGGGUUGUUACGAAGCAAGAAGGUAUUUAUACCAGACUAGCCGGACCAAAACACUAGACAAACUACUUGGCUGACCCGACCUGACUAUCGCUUUCCUUUCCGUA